AAUGAGGAAACGGAUGUGAUGUCAUGGGCAUGCGGUAUCUAAUAAGAAAUUAAGAAUAUUACCUGGAAAGAAAUUAGUGUAUAAGAGACAUUCAUCAAAUCAUCCAACAUGUGGAGUAGUGAUGGGAAACAAGUGAAAGUAUCGGAUAAAGUCGUAUCGUUUAGCUGGCAACAAGUAGUUACUGCUUUUUGGAGGCGUUAUCCUAAUCCAUAUUCAAAACACGUUCUAACUGAAGAUGUUGUUGAUCGCAAAGUGAUUCUCUCAAAGGAUGGACCACUACUUCGUUCAGUCCGCUUACUUACCAAGACCAACUCUAUUCCCAAAUGGGGAGAGAAGCUUGUACCGUCCGCACAAAGAACUGUAUCGAUAAUAGAGGAAUCUUUAGUAGACCCCGUUCGCAAAAUACUUAAAACCAAGACAAGAAAUAUUGGCCUUACAAAAGUUAUGUAUGUUGAGGAAACAGUUGUGUACACAAUGCAAGAAAAACAUCGCUGUUUAAUUGAUCGUAGAGCUACAGUAAAGUCUGAUCUGUUGGGAUUAGCCACUGCCCUGCAAACAUUCGGUGCCGAAAGAUUUAAACACAAUGCUUCGAAGGCUAACAAGGGUUUGGAGUAUGUUCUGAAUAAACUUUACACAAACGAGUCAUUACAUGUUCUUACACCCAAAGAACUGUUAAAACAAACAGCUGCCGAGAAAGCCCAAAAAGCUAAAGAAAAGGUGCAGAGAGCCGUUGCAUCGAAUACAAGUUAA